UAUUGUUUGUUGUUUACAUCUCUUUCUCUCUCUAGACUUUCUCUCUCUCGUCUCACACCAACUCUCUUUUUAAAAACCCUCCACCCUCUCCUCAUGAACCACAUCUCUCUCUGUUUCUCCGUUUCUCCGUUUCGAUCUCUCUCCUGCGAAACGCAUUCCAGCACUGAGAUCAUCAGAACUUCAGAGGAAAUGGAAUCAGUUUCCGGCGUUGCAAGGCGGCCUUGUUUCAUCGACGAGGACGAUGGGUUGGCCUCGCUGGCUGAUAUGGAAGCCGGGUUUUCCGGGUCCAACCACCCGUUUUAUUCAAGGCCGAUGUGUUUCGCGAGGCGGAGUGGCAGCUUCAGAAACGUUUCUCCAGCCAUGGCUUCGUUUUCUUCGUCGUCUUCUUUUUCGCCGAGAUCUGGGAGGUUCUGUGACGCCAGGUUUGAGGAGCACCACCAACCCCAUUUCUUGGAUGCUUGUUUCCUCUGCAAGAAACCACUCGGUGAUAACAGAGACAUCUUCAUGUACAGUCAUAGUCUGCGAUCCCUCUUUUCCCUCGUAUCUCCUCCACCGUUCCCCGUGACUCUGCCAUCUCUCCUUUCCCCCAUUUGUCUUCCCCGUGACUCUGCCAUCUCUCUAGUCCCUAUCAUCUCUCUCUUUUCCCUCAUUUAUCUUCCCCGUGACUCUGCCAUCUCUCUCUUUUCCCUCAUCUCUAACACUCACUCAAUCUCUAUAAGAAUCCUCAAAACACUCCACCUCUUUCAAAGCAUCCAUUCCCCUCUCUCACACAAUCUCUCUAAGAUCCCGGCGCAGAUCUUCUUCAUCAUCGUCUCAAGGGUCCUCCACCGGGAAUACUUACAAAUUUUUGUACCGAUGGGACACCUAAUAGCCAGACACCACACACAAUUGAGGUGAACAUAAGUCAGCAAUUUUCUGCAUCACUUCAUCCAGCUGCAAGGCUUGUAAGUUUACUUUUAUCCAUCAAAGUCUUGGGCUGUGUUUUGGUCUUAGGGUUCCACAAUCAAGUUGAAAAAUUCAACAACUGGCUAACUAAUAUAAGUUUCUUUUCCAAACAAUACAAGUUACACAAUCAAGUUUUUGUUCAAGUCUAUCGUUCAUAACCAACAACUGGCUAGCUAACUAAUAGUCUAAUAUAAUGGCUAACUAAUAUAAGUGAAUCUACUGUAUUGACGUCACUGCAGCUCUCACUUCUCCUUUAUUUUUCCCAUCCUUUCCAGCUUGUAAGUUGUUUGGUACUUCUUCUUUUUUCCAUUCCAGAUGGACACUCUGCAAAUUGAGUGCUUUAAGUUGCAACUACACCAUAUUAGAAAUACCCAUAAUAGGACUUAGUAAACAUGUUGUAUAAUACCAUCUCACCCACCAUUAUAUACCAAAGAGGCAAAUUAUGAUCACAUCUAAGACAGAACACUAAAAUUGCAAAAAACUAGCUGUAUAAAAAAUUUACCUUACUUCAAGAGUUUCCCAAAUCACCCUACUUUGCUGUAUAUCUCCAAGUGCACUCCCAAAAACCUCGGAAAUGACUUGCUCAAUAUCAUAUCUAUCUCUGCAUUUGUGAUACCCAACUACAGAGAAAAACAAGGUCAAACUAUUAGAUUUAUGUCUAAAAAAACUAAGCAACUAGAACCAGAAUAUAAGAAAAUUGUCUUACCUUGUGCUUAGCAUCCAUGGCGAUAUGCCGGCUAAGUUUCAGGAAAUCGAGCAUAUUGGACCCUUUGUAGUUGGUGUGGUAAUCUCUCACAAGAUGUCUCAACCUUGACCCCGUAAUCUUGUAGUUCAAACGAUGUUUUCUAGUCCAAUGUUAAAGGAUCUCUACCAUGAGAUGCAUACACGUUCUCCAGCUCAAUAGUCACCAACCUUAAGAUAUAACCUUGGAUGCAAUUAACGAAAUUAUGGGUUUCAAAAAAUUUUUGCGUAACUUCAAUUCGUAUGCCAUUCCGUUUUUUGGGUUACAGAAGUGAAGGAUGGUUGAUUAAAUCUUCAAGGCACCUAAAAUAGAAAAAACAAAACAUAACAAUUGAAUUAUUUGUUGUAAUUCUAAUUAAAUGUUAAAUGAGAAAAGAAAAACAUUAAAAUUAAAAUCAACUUACAUAGGAAGUAGCGUCAAGUUAUGUAGCGUUUCAAGUUCAACCAUUGUGCCCUUAUGAUCCAGUUUGUCAAUUACCUCUCGGAUAACGCUCCUAAAACUCACUACCGAAUCAAUAACUGGGUCAGUCCGUUUUGGAAUGGCACAUCUAACUCUACUGGCCACCAAAUACAGUGAGUGCCAACCAAAUGAUGUAGCUGGAUAAGGCUUUUGUUUGAGAUUAUCCACUAUCUCCAUUGUAUUUCUAUCAAUAAAGAAAAGAAAGAAAAAAAAAGUAAAAAGCAGCAACUAGUAUGAUUUAUACAAAUGAAAACACAAAAAAAAAAAAAUAUCACUCACCUCAAUAUCAACUUGAAAUUCGAUGUGAGCAUUUCACUAUCAAUUUGUUUCAACUCAAAUGAACUAUUUUUCACCAAGUGAAAUAAGGUGGAGUCCAUCUCUGUAGAGAUGAUCAAGACUUUGCCAUCCACAAAUUUGAUUAUAUAACUUGGAUAAUUUGAACUUAUUUAACAAAUUUGAUAGGAAGAAGUCGUAUAUAUAUCCAAGUUAUAUGAUCAAAUUUGUGGAUGACAAAGUCUUGAUCAUCUCUACAUAGAUGGAUUCCACCCUAUUUCAGUUGGUAAAGAAUAGUCCACUUGAGUUGAAACAAAUUGAUAGUCAAAUACUCACAUCGAAGUUCAAGUUGAUAUUGAGGUGAGUGAUAUUUUUUUAUUUUGUGUUUUCAUUUGUAUACAUCGUACUAGUUGUUGUUUUUUAGCCUUUGUUCAUUCUUUCUUUUCUUUAUUGGUAGAAAUACAAUGGAAAUAGUGGGUGAUCACAAACAAAAGCCUUAUCCAGAUACAUCCUUUGGUUGGCACUCACUGUAUUUGGUGGCUAGUAAAGUUAGAUGUGUCAUUCUAAAACGGAUUGACCCGGUAGUGAGUUUUAGGAGUGUUAUUCGAGAGGAAAUUGACAAACUGAGUCAUAAGGGCACAAUAGUUGAACUUGAAACGCUACAUAAGUUGACGCUACUUUCUAUGUAAGUUGAUUUUAAUUUUCAUGUUUUUCUUUUCUUAUUUAACAUUUAAUUAGAAUUACGACAAAUAAUUCAAUUGUUAUGUUUUGUUUUUUCUAUUAUAGGUGCCUCUAAGAUCUACUCAGCCAUCUUUCACUUCUGUGGCCUAAAAAAACGGAUUGGCUUACAAAUUUAGAGUUACGUGAAAUUUUUUCAAAUCCAUAAUUUCGUCAAUUGCACCCAAGGUUAUAUCUUAAGGUUGGUGACUAUUAAGCUGAAGAACAUGUAUGCAUCUCACGGUGGAGAUCUUUUAACCUUGGACUGGAAGACAUCGUUUGAGCUACAAGAUCACGGGUCAAGGUUGAAACAUAUUGUGAGAGAUUACCACACCAACUACAAAGGGUCCAAUAUGCUCGAUUUCCUGAAACUUAGCCGGCAUAUCGCUAUGGAUGCUAAACACAGGGUAAGAAAAUUUUCUUAUAUUCUUGUUCUAGUUGCUUAGUUUUUGGGAGACAUAAAUCUAAUAAUUUGACUUUGUUUUUCUCUGUAGUUGGGUAUCACAGAUGGAUAUGAUAUUGAGGAAGUCGUUUUUGGGCAUGCUCUUUGAGAGCAUCUGCAAUCUCAGUAGAAACAAAAAGUUAAUUUUACUACAGCAAAGUAGAAUGAUUUGGGAAACUCUUGAAGUAAAGUAAUUCUUUUAUGCAGCUAGUUUUAUGCAAUUUUAGUGUUAUGUCUAGAUAUGAUCAUAUUUUGCCUCUUUGGUAUAUAAUGUUGAGUGAGAUGGUAUUAUACAACAAGAAGUUUAAGCCCUGUUUGUGGGUUUUUCUCUUGUGGUGUGGUUGUAACUUAAAGCACCCAAUCUGCAGAGUGUCCAUCUGGAAUGGGAAAAAGGAGAAAUACCAAACAACUUACAAGCUGUAAAGGAGGAGUGAGAGUUGCAAUGAAGUUAAUACAGUAGAUUCACUUAUAUUAGUUAGUCAUGAUAUUAGACUAUUAGUUAGCUAGCCAGUUGUUGGUUUUGAACGAUAGACUUGAACAGCAGCUUGGUUGUGUAACUUGUGUUGUUUGGAAAACAAACUUGAAUUUUUCUAUUUUGUUUCUGCUUUUGGGAUUGUAUUGAGUGUGAAAUGGAUUUUGACAAACAUUGCAAGAUUCAUAAGCUUCAAGUGAAUGUACACAGCUUCAUCUA